AUGGACACACAAAAUUUAGAGAAGGCAGCCAUAAAGAUUCAGGCAUGGUGGCGUGGCAACAUGGUGCGCCGGACGUUACUGCAUGCAGCACUCAGGGCCUGGGUCAUCCAGUGCUGGUGGAGGUCGAUGCAGGCCAAGACAUUGGAGCAAAGACGGCGCCUGGCACUAAGAGUCUACACCUGCCAGGAGUGGGCCGUGGUGAAGGUGCAGGCACAGGUGCGAAUGUGGCAGGCCCGCAGACGGUUUCUUCAGGCACGCCAAGCGGCCUGCGUCAUCCAAUCUUACUGGCGCUGGCAUGCCAGCCAAACCCGAGGCCUGAUCCGGGGCUGCUAUGAGGUCAGAGCCAGCCGGCUGGAGCUCGACAUCGAAAUUCUCAUGACCUAG